AUGGAGAGCCCCCGCCUGCGGCUGCUGCCCCUCCUGGGCGCCGCCCUGCUGCUGAUGCUACCUCUGCUGGGCGCGCGUGCCCAGGAGGACGCCGAUCUCCAGCCGCGAGCCCUGGACAUCUACUCUGCCGUGGAGGACGCUUCCCACGAGAAGGAGCUGAUCGAAGCGCUGCAGGAGGUCUUGAAGAAGCUCAAGAGUAAAAGAAUUCCUAUCUACGAGAAGAAGUACGGCCAGGUCCCCAUGUGUGAUGCCGGUGAGCAGUGUGCAGUGCGGAAAGGAGCCAGGAUUGGGAAGCUGUGCGACUGUCCCCGAGGGACCUCCUGCAACUCCUUCCUCCUGAAGUGCUUAUGA